CUUCGCUCACAGAACAGAAGCGUAAUGAUAAAAUGGAGUACAUAUUUAUACGUGCGGAUAAUAUACAAAGUAAUUUUAGGUAAAUAUCUGUAUAUACGUGAAAUAAAAACAUAAUUAUAACUACAGUUCGGUUUAUAUAUGUGUGAUUCACAAAAUCAAAGUGUUUUAUUCAGUGAAAUUUUCGGUUAAAGUGUAAAUUGUCAUCCGAUUCAGUAAAAAGAGAACAACCGAAACAGACAGAUCUUAGGUAUCCAUGCGAUGGUGUGGUGAGAUGAACAAGAAGGCGAUAUGUGCCGCUUAAAGCGAUGGACUCUUACGACUUGUUCGGCGAAGAUGGAAGUGGUAUGUUGGACGGUCUGCCCGAACUGGGCUCUGAUCAUUUCGAACCUGCGGUGACGGGAACGCGCAAUGCUACAUCGGCCUAUUCUCAGCCUGCAUACUCGCAAGAGACCCCCCUUCAAAAAUUGGCUUCAUUCGGCGGAACAGAUUUCAACCACAUGGAUCCCAACGCGCAAGCGAUGUACGCUCAAGGUUACGGAACCGAUAGACCAAUGGGACCUCCGGGCAGCGCCUACGGUCACCAGCGACAGAUGGCACGACCGCCGCCCACACCGCAGGCGGCGAACCCAAAUCAGUAUCCCUAUCAGACAGACAACAUGUAUUCAAUGCCGGACCAUCAGUUAGGAAGUAUGGGAGAUGGAAACAACAUGCAAGCUGGUUGGGGGCAACAUUCUGCGGCAGCGGUCGCUGCCUCUGCGCCAAAUUACCCGAUGCAUAGAUAUUCCCAGAUGGGAGCUUACCGACAACAAACCCUUUCAGCUUACCAGCAAGAAACGCAAAAACAGCAAUUCCACCCUAUGAUGCAACAACCUCAUCAGCCCGCUGCGUAUCAGAUGCAGCAACGACACGCUCCCCAUUACCCCCAAAGCAGCGCGGGAUACCCUACACCUGCUGCUGCUCAAGGUUAUGGAAGUUACAUGCACCAACGAUUACCUCAACAUCAUCAAUAUCCUCACGCACAUCACCAAAUGGAGAUGGGAGUCUCGCAAGCGCAACAGUACGGUCAGAUGGGACAGUCUUUGGCUGGACAUCCCGUCCCUCAUGCCAGUUCGACACCUUCGCACAUGAAUCAACCGCCUCAUCCUGGACACCCGAGCGGUCAUCCAUCUGGCCAUCCUGCGUCAAAUCAAGCCUUGGCUACACCUCAACCGACUCCCCAAAAUCCGAUGUCCCACCCAAGUAGCAUGGGAUAUAACCAAACGCACCAAUCUAUGCAGCAAACAAUGCAACAGAGGUCGAUGGAAGUACCCGCUCCUAAUCAACAAUAUCCUCAGAAACACCCGGCAGGUCCCAUGGGUAACUCGAGUCCGCAAUAUAGAGCUCCCUUUCCGCAGUUAUCGCCGCAAAUGUCUCCUAGACCUCAAAUGUCGCCUAGACCUCAAGCACCUCAGAUGUCGCCACGCCCAGUGAUGUCUCCAGCUAAGCCAAACAUGUCCCCACAUCCUCAAAUGCAACAAACGAAUCUUAGUCCUAGACCUGCCACAAGCUUAACGCCAAAAACGACCGCUGCAUCGCCAGCUCCUAUUCCGCCUUAUUCGCAACAAAGUACCUUGCAGGCACUUGAACAAAUGGUGAUGCCUCCUUCCAGUACCAACAACACUGAGUACCCACCUUAUUCUUCCAGGACAUCGUUGAUACCUCCUCAACCUUCUCAGAACCCAUUAUCGCCAGUUAUGGGAAUGAGAAACCAAAUGGCCGAUCAGUGGCCAAACCAAUCACCUAGACAGCCGCCUUCGCAUAAUAUUUCUAGUAUAAACGGACUUAUGGGAAUGAUGGAUCCUAAUCAAAUGCAAGGUAUGCAACAGCCACAAGCUCAACCACCGCCGCCGCCACAACAACAACAGCAGCAGCAGCAACAACAACAACAGCAGCAGAUUCUGCCGCAUUCUCAACAGUCAAAUAUGCCUCCAUCAUCUCAAUCUUUACCCUCGAAUCAAAAUUCAAAUAAUCCAGGAUUGCCCCCUCAGAGCAUGAGCUUCAACUUUGGAAAUGAGGAUUUACGAAGCGACUUGAAUAAACCAACUAACAUUUCUAUUCCAGAAAUGCCUAGAGAAACAACAACUCCCCAAAAUUUACCUCUGAGUACACAUAAGGACUUUGCUCCCCCCAUACACUCAGUACAAUCUCCUACAAAUAGUUUGCCCGAUAAACAGCCUAGCAGUACAACUAACUCAGAGAUAAAUAGAGGAGAGAUAAACAUUCCGUACUCUACAGCAGCUAGUAUAUCACCACAUCCUCCUACACCUACCCCUUCUUCGACAACAGAUGAUAAUAUAAAUAAUGCCCCAGAUGUUAGUCUUCCCCUAAGCGAAUCGUCUAAACCGAUAGAAGAAUUAGGCGAAAACGCUUCGCCAAUUGAACAACCGACACAGAGCAAAACGACAAAUAGUUUCACUGACUUCAAUUGUGUGUCAAGUAUGUCUGGUUAUAAUAGUGAACCAAGUACACCAAAGACUAUAACUAAGAUGGAUGAUUUGGUGCAAUCUAACGCACCGUCGACAUUUUCACAAGAAAAUUCUUUAUCACAAGACUCGUCAAUGGAUUCUACAAAUGAUGUAGUAGCACCAUCGAAUACUCACUCAUCGUAUCCACAUUCUCUUAAUCAAAAUAGCAAUUCCUCUUUCCCUACUAGUUUUUCGAAUAGUGUUCAUACGCCGCAAAAUCAGCCUGCUACUUUACCAUCUGAAGUAACGUCGCCUCCUUCUAAUGUGAUGUCAAACCAAAUAAGUACAAGUAGAUCGUCGCCUUCGUUACUAUCGAAUACAAGUCAGACCAGCACAAAUUUAACUCCAACAUCUGUUGUUCAUACAUUUGGUUCUCAUCAGGACUUGCCCAGUACCCCUACAAGCGUGCCUACCCCUGCUCCGAUAAUGAGCGAAGCGAAUGUUCCAGUAUCUGUACCUCCAGCGAUUUCGAAUACGAUUACCCAAGUAAGUCCAUUGAAUAGUACAACACCACCUGUUUCUGUUGGAGGUGCGCCUAAUCAAAUUCCCCAGAUGCCUCUCACAAAUCCUAUGAUUGGUAACUUGCCACAAAAUCAUACGAGCAUUCCAUCUAGCCAAAGCAAUAGCUUAUAUGAUCAAAAUUCUGCUAUGCCACCAAGAAGUCUUGCUACAGGUAUGCCGCACACUAUGCCACCAAUGACACAUCCUAAUUUGCCUAUGGGUAUGCCACCUCACCCAGGUAUAAUGCCACUCACUAUUUUACCGAGUCAAGAAUUCCAAGGCUACCAACCACCGAUAAGUCAUCAGCAAGAAAGAGCUGCUCUACAGCAGCAGCUCCAAGAACUUUAUUGUAUGCCUCCUGGCCCUGAUCAUCAAGAGAAAAUAGCCCAUUUGCAAGAACGCCUAAACGUUCUUAGUCAACAUGAAGCUACAGAACAAUGUAACGGAGGUCCACAAUGCGUUCUACAAUCGCCUCUUUUCACGUCUCCCAUGAUUGAUAGUCCACAAGUAACAAGCACAACAGGAAGAGGUAGAUCAAAGAGCGGUGCUAGAGCCAAAAAGCCUCGACAAAGAAAAGGCGAAAAGGCUGCUUCUCCGAUCCAGAUGCCCCAGCCAAUUUCUAACGUCGCCUUGACCCCACAACAACUUCCAGUAUCGGAAGAUUGUGUUACACCUGGUGCGGGGCUGAGCAUUUCUUCUGAGGAACCUACAGAUAUUAUGGAUAUGGGAGAAGAUCCCAUGGGUGGAGAAAUUGCUGAAAAGAAAAAACGUAAACCAAGAGGUCAAAGUAAGCCAAAACAAACCAAAGAUUCUCAGGAAGCAGCCGAUCUUAAGACUCCUAAAGAAAGAAAGAAAAGAGAACCUAAAGAUCCAAAUUCAAAGAAACGCAAUAGAAAGAAGAAGGGCGAUAAUUUGGAAGAUAGUGGGGCUAGUGACACUUUGAAUAAAUCUGGAGAAAUGAUGGAAGAUUCCUUAUCCGAAGCUGUCAGAGAUAAUGUGAACGAAGCAUCAGGAAAUGCAUCCGCAGACGAGACGAAAUCUCUUCCUGAAGAAAAGGCUCUACCAGAUUCAGCUCUAGCUUCUUAUGAUUCGACAACAGGUGAUUUGUCUGGUGAAACUGAUGCUGUGGUUGAUUCUCAAACCCCUGAUGAUGUUUCUGAAUCUAUACCAGAAUCUACAGAGACUGUUGUUAAAGACGAAUAUGCUUUCGAAGAUCAACCUUUGAGUCCCCAAGAAUUGGGAGAAUUGCCACGUAAGAAGCGCAUACGCGCCCCAGCAAAGAAGCCUUCCGCACCCAGAGUAAGAAAUAGGAACACUUCUGGGUCAUCCAGGAGUAGAAGACGUAGGGGACCUAUCGUACCAGAAUCUGAUGGAGAAAACGAUGAUAUGGCUUCAUCACCACCUCCUUCUCCUCAGGAUGAGGAUUCUAAUAAAAGACGUUCCGCUAGAAACACACAGAGGAAAAAAUAUAUCGAUGAUGUUAUGCUCCGUUUCUCUGACGACGAUUCGCCAGUAUCACAAUCAAAGAAAAAAUCAUCAACUGGUCCUGUACCACCUUCUGUACCUCGACCAGAGUCUUCUCAAUCCAAUAACGAAGAAAAAACCGAGAAUGCCAAUAAACCCAAUUUUGUUUAUGUCAACACAACUGAGGAAGAUUCUAUGGUUGUUCAACAUGUUCUUUCAUCGAGAAUGGUGAUGAGGCCUAAAAAACCAGCUCCUCCAUCUGAAGAACAAAACAACGAAGAGCAGAAAAAGGAUGAAAAUGAAGAAAAUGGAAAAGGGUCUGUCGAAAAGGAUAUUGAUGUAGAAGAUAGUAAAGACUCAGAUAAGGAUGAUGAUGAUGAUGAGGAAACUAAAAAGGAAAAGAAAACAUCUAAUGAAUCAUCUGAUAGUAAAGAUACAGAGAUGGUGGAAGUCGAAGAAUAUUAUGUAAAAUAUAGAAACUUUUCUUACCUGCACUGCGAAUGGAAAACUGAAGAAGAACUUUUCAAGGGCGAUAAACGAAUAGCCAACAAAAUUAAGAGGUUCAAGCAGAAGCAAGCACAACAAUUGAAUAUAUUCGAAAAUCUUGAAGAUGAACCCUUUAAUCCUGAUUAUAUAGAGGUGGAGAGAGUAUUGGAUGUUGCAGUGCAUACUGAUCCUGUUACACAAGAAACUGUUAAACACUAUUUAGUGAAAUGGAGAUCUUUGCAAUACGAGGAUUGUACGUGGGAGUUGGAGGAGGAUGUCGAUCCUAUAAAAAUCGAACAAUAUGAGAGGUUCAAUAAACUCCCGCCCAAAGAUCAGUGGAAGCCUAAGAAAAAGCCAACCCCUGAAGAAUGGGUGAAGUUGGAUAAAUCCCCCAUAUACAAAGCAGGAAACAGCUUGAGAGAAUAUCAAUUAGAAGGUUUGAACUGGUUGCUUUUCUCAUGGUAUAAUGGCAGAAAUUGUAUUUUGGCUGAUGAGAUGGGUCUAGGAAAAACGAUACAAAGUUUGACUUUCCUGAAUUCGGCCUGGGAAUAUGGUAUGAGAGGGCCCUUCCUAGUCAUCGCCCCAUUAUCUACUAUUCCCAAUUGGCAGAGGGAAAUUGAAGCAUGGACAGAAAUGAAUGUGAUCGUCUACCAUGGUUCUGCAGCUAGCAAGAAUAUGUUGCAAGAAUAUGAAUUGCAUUAUAAGAAUGAACAGGGAAAACCGAUAAAGGAAUUAACUAAAUUCAAUAUACUCAUUACAACAUUCGAAAUCAUAGUUACUGAUGUUGCAGACCUGAAAGGUUUCAACUGGAGAAUAUGCGUUAUAGAUGAGGCUCAUAGACUCAAAAAUAGAAAUUGUAAAUUAUUAGAUGGUUUGAGACAACUGAAUUUGGAACAUAGGGUUUUACUAUCAGGAACGCCAUUGCAAAACAACGUGAAUGAACUGUUUUCACUCCUUAACUUUUUAGAACCUGAACAGUUCAACAGUUCCGAGGCUUUCCUACAGGAAUUUGGUGCUUUGAAAUCCGAACAGGAAGUCCAAAAGCUGCAAUGUUUACUCAAACCGAUGAUGUUGAGAAGAUUGAAGGAAGAUGUAGAAAAAUCUUUAGCCCCGAAAGAAGAAACUGUGGUAGAAGUAGAGUUGACUAACAUCCAGAAGAAAUAUUAUAGAGGUAUAUUGGAACGAAAUUUCUCUUUCCUUUCCAAAGGAACAACCAAUAGUAACAUACCUAAUUUAAUGAAUACAAUGAUGGAACUGCGAAAAUGUUGUAUACACCCCUACUUGUUAAAUGGAGCUGAGGAACAGAUUCAGUACGAGUUCAAACAGACACAGGGGGAUGAUUCUGAUGCAUAUUAUAAGUCAUUGAUCCACUCCAGUGGUAAAAUGGUUCUUAUAGAUAAAUUGCUACCUAAAUUGAGAGCUAAUGGACACAGAGUAUUGAUAUUCAGUCAGAUGGUUAGGUGUCUUGACAUUUUAGAAGAUUAUUUGAUGUAUAGAAAGUAUCCCUUUGAGAGAAUUGACGGUAGAAUCAGAGGAAACUUACGACAAGCGGCAAUAGAUAGGUUUUCAAGACCUGACAGCGACAGGUUUGUGUUCUUGCUGUGUACGAAAGCUGGUGGAUUAGGAAUAAAUUUAACAGCUGCCGAUACUGUUAUUAUAUACGAUAGUGAUUGGAAUCCGCAAAAUGAUCUUCAGGCACAGGCUAGAUGCCAUAGAAUCGGGCAGCAAAAAAUGGUCAAAAUAUACAGAUUAUUAUGCAGGAAUACAUAUGAAAGAGAAAUGUUUGACAAGGCUUCCCUGAAGUUGGGUCUUGACAAAGCUAUAUUACAAAGUAUGAAUACUUCCCAAGGUGGCAAAGAUUCUAGCAACCGACAGUUGAGUAAGAAAGAAAUUGAAGAUUUGCUAAAAAAGGGUGCUUACGGCGCAUUGUUAGACGAAGGCAACGAUGGUGACAAGUUUUGCGAAGAAGACAUAGAUGUUAUCCUUGCAAGAAGAACGCAAGUCAUCACUAUGGAAUCUGAGAAAGGCUCCACAUUCUCUAAGGCAAGUUUCGCUUCGAGUGCGAACCGUUCAGACAUUAACAUUGACGAUCCAGAUUUCUGGAACAAAUGGGCGAAGAAGGCGGAAAUUGAUACGACAGAGAAAGACGAAAGUGAGGACUUAGUGAUCUCGGAACCAAGAAGGAGAACUCAGAUCAAAAGGUACGGACAUGAUGAGAGUGCUAUAGACAUGUCCGACUUAGAGACUUCUUCUGAUACUGAUCCAGAAAACGAAGGUGUUCCGGGAAUGGGACGUACUAGAAGGAGUAAGCUUAAGAAAAAGAAGCUUAGGGAUGAUUAUUAUCCUCGAGAAGGGGAAAAAGGCGAAAUCGUUUAUGGCAGUUGGGCAAGAAGGGAAUGCUUUAUGGUUGAGAGAGGUCUACUCACUUUUGGCUGGGGAAGAUGGCAUGAAAUUCUUCAAAAUUCACAGUUGAGAAAAGGAUGGAAAGAUGUGGACAUUGAAGACUGUGCCAGAAUUAUACUUCUCUACUGCUUAAGAUUUUAUAGAGGAGAUGAGAAAAUAAGGUCGUUCAUUUGGGAUUUGAUUACUCCUGGAGAUGAGUCGAAGGUUUCUAAAAAUCACCAAGGGUUGAAGGAUCCUGUACCGAGGGGUAUAAGAAAUAAACAUAAAAAGAAGAAAGAUAAUACUUUAGAUGCAGUGGAUGAUCCAAAUCAUUGGAGUAAGGACGAGAAAUAUGAUGGAGACCUCUUUUUAGAAAGCAAUUACAAAAAGCAUCUGGGUCGACAUGCUAACAAAGUUUUAUUACGAGUUCGAAUGCUGUAUUAUAUCAAACAUGAAAUUGUAGGAGAUUUGGUUCAACACAUAGCUGACGGAGUACAUGCCAGUGCCUUGCCGAUAAACCCUCCCGUAACGGAGCAAUUACCUACUGAGUGGUGGGACAGUGAGUGUGACAAGUCUCUGCUCGUUGGCACGCUGAAGCACGGCUAUGAGAACUACACUGCGAUGCGCGCCGACCCUAACCUUUGUUUCCUGUCCCGCUGUGGCCCUCCCUCCGAUCGAGAUCUUCAGAUGCUGGCAGCCUCGAAUUUGCAACCGUCAACGCCCUCUACGGCAAACAACGAGGAAGAAGCGGAAGAGGAUGACGGUAAUGACGAGAAUAAAUCUAAAACGAAAGAAAGUGCCGAUUCGGAAAUUCCUGAACCGUCCCCGGGGCCUUCUGGGUCUUCCGAGACCCACAACCCUGACGAAGAGACGAGGACAGAGGAAACAUUGGACGAUAAGCAAUGGCCUACUAUAACUGAUCUCAACACCAGGUUGAGACGAGUAAUUACCUCUUACCAGAGAAGUUAUCGUAAGGAAGAACAAAAGCUGGCUAAUAGCAAAUUGAAGUUAUUGCACUGUGUCCAGAACGCCAUAGAACCGCCCUCCAUGUCUUCACCGUUGGCCGCAUUAGCCCAGGUGUCGCAGCAGUUCGAUGGGAGAGACUCUGUACCAGGCCUUGGAUUGCCAGGAUGGGACUUGCAGCAGUUAGCUCUGUAUCUACUUAAGAUGGAACGUCAAGGCAAGCAAGUUAUUGAGCAAGCGAUGAGGGAGAAGGAGAAGUUGACCUUAAACAAGAGGUGGACAAAGAGGGAAGAGGCCGACUUCUUCAGGGUUGCGUCAUCUUAUGGCGUGAUAUAUUACCGAAAGAGGAAGGCUUAUGAUUGGUCAAAGUUCAAGCAGCUUUCGAAACUGGAAAAGAAGACUGAUGAGGAAUUGACUGAGUAUUAUAAGCAUUUUGUCAUGAUGUGCAAAAAGCAGACUGGUAUAUUGAAUGAAGAGGGUACUUAUGAUACAACUAUAGAACAUAUAGGGGAGGAAAAGGCCAGAAGGACUUUGGAGAGAUUGGAACUAUUGUCGCGAAUAAGGGAGGAGAUUAUAACCCAUCCGAAACUGGAUGAGCGUUUGAAGGUCUGUGUGACUUCAGCAGAUAUGCCCGAAUGGUGGAUCUCUGGAAAACAUGACAAAGAGUUACUUAUUGGUGUUGCCAAACAUGGCUUGGGCAGAACAGAUUAUUACCUUUUGGAUGAUCCCGAUUUAUCAUUCCACGAAAUAUUAAGGAAGAAGGUAACGUCCCAUGAAAUGAAGGAUUCCAAAGACGCUAUCAAAUUGGGAAGUCGCGAAGAUAUCCUGAAACUAAACAAGGAUGAAUUAUUAGUCAAACUGGAAAAAGGCGAAGGAAUAUUGAAGAUUGAAAAAGUAGUCAAAAAAGAAAACGCUGACGAAAAAGAUAAGAAAGAACAAGAACCCAGCAACAUUGAACUGUCAGUCGUGAAAUCCGAAGAUGAUGAGAACUCUUCCAAAGAUAAGGAAAUAAGUGAAACAAUAGAAGGCGAAGAUGAUGGAAAAAUCAAAGAAGAGAAAAAGGACGAGAGUGAACAAAGCGAAGAAAUUAAAGAAGGCGAGAAGGAGAAAGAAUCCGAUGAGCCGGAAGAUAUGACGAAAAAGUUGCAAUCGCCUGAUAGUAAACCAGCUGAGACGGUCAAGAAGACCCCUAUGGAGGAAGAAAAUGACCUAUGUUCAAAACAAGCGGCCGAAUUGAAAGCUAUGUUUCCAGAUUUGGAAGUUAUUCAACCACUUUCCAGGCUCUCCCAAAUCGAUACUUUCGUUCUGAGAGAUAAACAAGCAUCCGGAGCUUUAGAUUUCAGUGAAACUACGGUGGCCCAGCUGUUCACCAACGCUGUGAAGUGGCCUAAGGAAUACGCCAUACAAGUCAGGCUUCAGCACAUAAUAUACGCUGUAGAAACCAAAGAAUGGCCGGCGACCAAGAGCUUUUCAGCUUAUGCAACAGGCAUUGGCAACGAAUUUGAUAUACCGAUUCACGAGCUUCCUAAUGAACCCCCCAAAAGGGAGACUUCUACGCCAAUGUCUGUGGAUUCGGACAUUAAUCCUAAAAAGAGAAAACGUCACAUUGCUAUCGAUGUCGAGACUGAAAGGGCGAAGUUGCACGCUCUGCUCAACAGCACCAGUCAUUUGAGCAACCCCAUGAUGAAGCAUUCAAUGGGAUGGGAUAAUGACGAUUCUGAAGACUCGAGGAGAUCCACACCCGUCCAAAGCACCUUGCAGCCUCCUCCCGCACAUCAGGGAACAUCGAGGAUGAUGAGUAACAUGAACAUGCCUUACGAUUUGAAGUACCACGCACCUGUAGCCAAGACAAUUGGUCAGACUACGGUGAUUCCUGGCACCAGCAGUACAUUAACUCCUAUCGAUUUGAGUUCUAGUAUUCCCAAAUCUGAUAGAUCAUCAAUGAGUGAUAUGACAGAAGUUCAAGAUUUUUCCAUGCCUUCCAAGAAGAUGUCCAGUAGUAACUCGUCUUCUAAAAUGGGCGGUAAUAAGCUCGAUGACACAUUAUCUAAGUUGAUGAAGAGGAAAAAUUGCCCUGAACCUGAGCAGUUGGUAGGAAAGGAAAAGAAACGGAAGAAACUUGAUGAAAUUGUAUUGGGACUAUCCGCAGCCAAGGAACAAUCAAUGUUCCCGGAACCUACCAAGAAACCAACUAUUCCUCCUAGUGUUACUCUGACGCCAACAUCGGCACCAGUCAGCAGUUCUCAUAAUCCAUCACAAAAACCCUUCACCAUUACAGUUACAUCAGUUCCAUCUUCGUCCGCUUCUCGCAACGUAUCUAUGCCAAACAUGAUGCCAACCAUGCCAGGAUCUAGCAAGGACAGUUUCUCAUCUUUCCUUGCUCAAGCGGAACAACAAAACCUUCUUCUAAAGAAGCAGCAACAACAACGCAAGAGCUACGAGGCGAUGAUUGCUGAUAUCAGCAAAGUUUCCGAUUAUAGCGCAAAAGUAAAUUCCUUUUCGCACGAGGCCAAGGUCAACAAAUGGCUAGCUGAACAGAAUGCCGCUCUUGCCGAACAACCGUUAGGUGCGGAUUACCUAUCUCCUAGAAGAAGGAGACCCAGGAUUGAUCCUUCCCUCUUGGACUGGAAGAAACUCACCGGAGACGAGAACGUAUCAGUUAUUCAUAGGGUCAGCGGAAAGAAAUUGACCGGACCAAAAGCGCCGACGUUGAAGAGGUUAGGACAGUGGUUGUUGGAGAAUCCAAUGUACGAUAUCGAUCCUAAGUGGGCGGAAUUGGUGAAAGAACGAGGCAAUCUCAGCCACGACCUCCAAAAGCGCGUUCAAGGCGGAUCUUCAUCUUCAGGCUCAUCUAAAAAGAGUAACAUUCCAGGUAGGCCGCCCCUGAUGGCCAGUCCCACAGGCUCUAACUCCAGCGUUGGUUCUGCCGGAAUCAAUACUUCUCUACCAUCGAAUUUAUCAUUCCCCUCUUUAACAGGAGCUGGACUCGGAGGCAUAAAUUCCAAUCUUCUUUCAGGUUUAUCCGGAUUAGGACAGUUCGAUCCUAAAAAUAGUCCAUUGCUGAUGCCAUUCGCAGGUUUACCGAACAUGGGAGCGUUAGGGUCGAUGGGCGGUUUAGGAAAUCUCAAUAAUAUGAAUCUCUUUGCUAAUCUGGCGGGAUUAGGUUUGCCUGGUUUGGGCAUGGACCCAACAGCUUUGGCAGCCGCUGCUGCUGCAGCUGGAGUCGGAGGCGAUCCCCAGAAAUCCGGAGGCAAGGGCAGUGGUAGCAGUAAACAGUCGAAGCCUCAGGAAGCUCACAGCUCAAGCAAAUCUUCAAAUCCAUCAUCGAGCAACUCGAUACCGACAUCAAACCCAUUUCCAUUCUUUUUCCCUAAUCCUAGUCUACUAUACACUCCACUAGGAUUAGGAGGGUUGAAUCCGUUCACUUUGCAACCAGGUAUGUCUGCAGCUUAUGAUACUCUAGCUCAACAGUGUGGAUUACUCAACGGUGGUAAUCUUAAUCCCGCUGCGUCGCCGAACUCAAGCUCGAAAUCGAGCAAAUCCAGCGUGGGCUCGAGAGCCUCAGCCUCUUCAACGAUGACCACUUCCUCCUCCUCUAAACCUAGAACAUCUAGUCGUGAUGCUCAUCUUCAACAACUACUCUUGCCGCCCGAUACCCAAAUAUUGGAAAGCAUCACGAAGGCAGCAAGUUCUUUAGAUGCUUCCUUGAAACAAAUGAAAAACGACAAGAAGGAGGAGAAACGUAGAGCUCUCGAGAGUUUGAGGGGAAUGCUACCGACAGAUUUCACGACGCCAGACAAGCUGAAGGAAAAGAAAGAUCUACCAGGGUUGUCUGAUUUUACCAAAUUGCUAGAAGCACAAGUUAGUCAAACGGCUAAAAAGACUCAAGAACAACAAAUGAAAGAAGCUAUCGAGCAACUUAGUAAAAACAACGCCGAACUCAUGAUUUCUAAAACUUAUGUGCCGGACGAAAGAAUGACGCCAUCAUCAGCAAAGAGAAGUCGAGAAUCUAUGGAACCUAGUCCCGACGAUAACCCAGCCAAAAAGUUGAAGGAAUUUACUGAGAAAAUUUCGGCAGUAGAAACUUCCAAAGCUACUGGUGGUGAACAGGAAGGAGUGGACAUAGAAGCAUUGCUGCCACCCUCGACUGUGGUCAAAAGAUCGGGCGAAGAUGCUGAACCUCCGAAAGCAGAAGCUCAGGUUGAAACCGUUCAGCCGCCAGAACAGCAAGAACCAUCAGUUGUGGAGGAAAAGAAAGAAACGGAGGAGAAAAAGUUCGAAGACUCGGUAGGCGAUGAACCUCAACAACCAGUCAACGAACCUGAAAGGGAAACCUCGCCGCCAAAGAAAAGUACAAAGCGAACUCGCGGUAAGCGUAAAUCGGGAGACCUACCUCCCAUCGAUCCAGAAUCGGUGCGUGAGAAAAAGAAUCUACGUUCAAGUGCUAGUCGAUCAGCGGCCGCAGCUGCAGCACGCGCAGCAGCCGCAGAACAUGCCGCAGCCAAGUUAGAAGCUGAAAAACUGCGUGAAAGCGAAAGUGGUAACGCUGAUGUGUCGUAAAGUCUAUUCGUGUGAAUAAGGUGGAAAAGCUAUCGGUAACUUUUGGUGUUUCUAUAUCUCUUGUUUUAGUGGGAAAUUUGUUUUCAGGACUUUUUCGAAGACAAAAAUAUUUCCUUUUGGUUCAUAUAGUCGAAACAAAACUUUUGAGUUCUGAACGUAACCCAAAAAGUUAUCGAAGGAACGAAACAUGGACGAUCUGGGUAUCGCAAGUGUUGGUGGUGUGCGAAGUGAACUGUGAUACAUGAAGCUAAAUGAAAUUAGGAAGAACGCUUUUCAGUGCUUUAAACUUCUACUUAAACAGACUGUUAGGCCGUUUUGAGAAAAUGGUAUGCUGUAGUCGAGGUUUCUAAACAGACAACUGGAAAAUGAAAAAUACGCUUGAUAAAUUUUACUAUGUAUUCCCACUUUAUUAACAAUGAACUACUUAGGGUUACUUAUUGAAAUAAGCUUGAAUAAUUGGAAAUUGUUGUCUCAUUAUUGGAUGGAAUGCGUGAAAGGACUGGAGAUGUGUAGGGCGUCUUCAAAUUGGUUCUUCAUUUGGAAUAUUUGCAUAUUUAAAUCGAUAAAAAUAAUUGAAUUGACUGAAUUGUCAGUGUGGAGUCCAAGCAUAUAGCUCUUCAGAUAUUCAUCAAUAUAGUUUUUCUAAUAUAUUCUCAUUAUUGUAUAAAUGAAAGUUCUUCAAAUUUUACUAUAUAAGGUCAAAAUGAAGAAUUCAAACAGUCCUUCAGCAUUCCGUUUGAAAGAGGACGAAGUAAUAAGUAUAUUCGAAGACUCGAAUGAUAUGGAAUAGGACAUGCAUCUGAUAGUUGUAGCCCACAAUGAUAAUGUUGGUUACUUGUUUCUGUAUAUUUUUUGCUUUCUUUGUGUAAACAUACUGGGUGGGCGAAGACAUAUUAGGGAAUGUCCUGUUGCAAAAGAUUGAUAUUUUUUCCACUCAGUUAUUUUAUACAAUUUGUAUAUAAUAUACUUAAAGUAUUAUGACUUAUAAUUUUCCGACAGUGUGCAAAAUCUGUAAAUAAAACUUAGUGUUUUUAUUUCAAUUUUUUAUUUAAUCGUGUACGUUGAUUAGAGGUUUAAGAAGUCUGAUGAAUAUUUAUUAUUACUUUUUACCUUGAUCUUGAAAUCUGGUAUUUAUUUGAAUCCGCAUUUCCGUGAUUUAGAUCUGCUGUUGUCAUACUUACGACGUAUACACGUAUCAUAGCAUGGUAGCUCUCUCAUUUAUUGUUAUAAUGUUCAUAAUAGAUAAUUAAAUGAUAUAAAUCCAA